AUGCUUGUGAAUCAAGACAAGAGAAAUCAAGUGGACAAAGUCACCGAGCUAUCCAUCGACGCUUUUGAAGUGACUACAAAUAACAAGUGCACAUCAUCAGCAGCCAACAAGCCUACCAUGACGAUAUUCUCCUAUACGCAAAAAAAUUAUGACCAGCACAAGCUUUUGCACCGGGUACUGCAGCAUCAGAAUCAGUACGGCAUCAUAUUCAACAUAGAAAAGUGUGAAAUUGGAAAAACAGCCAUUAACUACCAGGGCUACGAAGUAUCGGAGGAUGGCAUUAAGACCCAAGAUCGCAGCAAGGCAAUCGCUUUGUACCUUAAACUGAAGACCGUUAUCGAGCUGCGACGACUUCUCGGCGUGAUAAACUUCUACCAAGACUACCUGCUUUGUCAAACUACCCGGCAAAUUGAAUUAAACAUGCACCUACAUAACAAAAAAAGAAAUAACAAGACACUCAUUAAGUGGACACUACAAACAGAGGAUGCCUUCAAAAUGCCAUCAAAGCAUCUCGUCUCGACAGCCCACUAG